AUGGAAGAAACAAAGACAUGUCAAGUCGCCGAACAUGGCGCGGAUCGCAGAACGAGGGAACUAUAUCGCUACUAUCAGCCCGGUGGCCCAACACACUCUCUCCCCGCUUGGCUCUCUUGCACAGGAGAGAGUCGGUCAUCUGGAUCGACGGGCAGUUCAAACACCCGCGUGCGUGAUAGUUCGGUAGCAGGUUCCAAUAGUAGUGCGACCUCAACUCCGUCAACUGCAAUCGGACCGGAGGCGUUGAUCCUAGGACUAUCCAACAACACUUUGACCUCGUUUGCACAGCUUGCAGCACUACGCUUGAAUGUGGAACGAGCUCUCAUAUGUGUUCUCGACCGAGAUAAGCAGUACAUUCUCUCCGAGGCCACCAAGUCAGUUAGUUUGAAUGAUCACUCGGUCCACAACGAUAAAGAUGCGAUUUGGUCUGGAAACACAAAUGGCGAGAAGGCAUGGAGCUUGUGUAAAGACACUGUUGCCCUCUCGUCUUCCAACCGCGAAACCGCCGACUAUUCCCACCUCGUCGUCAACGACCUAUCCAAGAAUGAACGUUAUAGCAACCUUCCUUUCGUUCAAAACGAUCCACACUUUCGAUUCUACGCCGGAACUCCCCUGACUACCCAUAAUGGUAUAAAUCUGGGAUGCUUCUUUGUGUUGGACAAGGAACCUCGUGAUGGAUUGACUGCAUUGGAAAAGGACACACUCGGGUCACUGACCAUGCUUGUUAUGGAUUAUCUGAAAGUCUGCCGACAGGCCUCGGAGGGUCGUCGAGCUGCACGACUCUCUCGCGGACUGAGCUAUUUCGUUGAUGGAAGCUCCAGCUUUGUGGAAAGUGUUGAUCCCUCGCGGGCCGACAGCUUACCCUCUCAAUCUGUGACCCCAUCAUUAAACAAUCGCCUCAGCACUUUUGGUGAUUCCCGUGGGAGCAGCCUAGGCAACUCCCUCCAAUUUGACCAAUCGUCCCAGAACGAGCGAUCAUAUCAAGGAUUAUCAGGCCAAUCAAACAGCCCGCCCAACGAUCGGAGCAGCCAUGGCAACUCUGUCCAAUUCGACCAAUCCUCCCAGAAUGAGAGAGCAUCUCGAGCAUCAUCAGGCCAGCCAAAUAGCCCACCCAACGAUCGAUCUCCGAGUAAUGAUGCGCAAUCUGUUAGCUCUGGGGGCUCUAAAUUAGACACUGGGACAUCUGGUGGGGCGAGCUCUCUGCCAGAGUGGAUCACUAGCAGCAGCAGAAAUCAACUUCCUCCCGACGACUCUCAUGGCAAUUCCUGGUGUUUUCGCCGGGCGGCGAAUUUACUUCGUGAAAGCCUGGAUUUGAGACAAAAUGGCGGGGUCAUUUUCCUAGAGUCUCAAGGCACUCCAUUCUCUAGUCGAGAUAGUGGGAGUGAGGACUCGAUGAGUGAUUCUACCGGCCCUGCAACUGUCUUGUCUAUGUCGACAGAGGACGAACCAUUCGCACCUCGUGCGGGCGCGAUCAGUGAAUCCCCCGCGGCUUCCCUCGAUCGGUCCUUUUUACAAUUGCUCCUUCGACGAUAUCCCAAAGGAAAGAUAUGGUCGUUCCAUCGAGACGGCCUCAUUUCCACGUCUGAUGAUGAUGAUGAUGAUGAUGAUGACCACAAUCCGCGUAAUACGGCCCCCACUCCCUCCAAUCCGUCGCCUCCAGGACUCUCCCCGAUCGACGUGACAAAGCCCAUGGGGAAAAGGCGAAAGGCCGCAGAAAACACCCUGUUGAAUCAGUAUUUCCCAGAAGCGGUGCAGAUCAUGUUUGUUCCGCUUUGGAAUGCUGUGAACUCGCAAUGGUUUGCCGGGUGCUUUUGCUGGAUUGAUGUCGAGACACAAGUUUUCACUUCCGCCGUUGAGCUGAGCUCUGUCCUGGGCUUUGGCUCGUCUAUCAUGGCUGAGUAUAGUCGAGUCGAGUCGCUCAUUGCAGAUCGGCAGAAGGGUGAUUUUAUCGGCAGCAUCUCACAUGAGCUCCGUAGUCCUCUUCAUGGAAUUUUAGCCGCGGCCGAAUUCCUGAACGACACGAAUCUUAGCGAGUUCCAAGGGUCGCUUCUUGAGACGGUAAACGCUUGUGGUCGGACUCUACUUGACACGAUGAAUCAAGUCCUGGAUUUCAGCAAGGUUGUUUCUCUGGAGCGAACAUGGCGGUCACUGAAGCGCAGGAAAGAGUCACCACUCGACUUCAAAGGCACAGACAAUCUGGGUUCGCAUCUUGACUCCUAUGUGGUGACGGAUCUUGCGAUCUUAGCCGAAGAAGUCGUUGAGGGAAUCUGCCUGGGGCUGGCCUAUGGAAAUAACUCUGGGGCCCAUGCUGAUCUGUCGGUCCUCUCGUCUAGCAAAGUUCUCAAUGUCCAAUCAGGUCGAUCUCAAGUGGAUGUGAUUAUUGAUGUGGCGCAAGGCGAUUGGAUUUAUCGCACACAACCAGGCGCGCUACGGCGCAUUAUCAUGAACAUCUUUGGAAACGCAAUGAAAUAUACGGACUCGGGGCGAGUAACCUUGAGCCUAGAAGCUACCAGCCGGUCAGAGGGCCGUUCUCGACGACAGGGCUUGGAGGAUCUGGUUACGCUGACUGUGUCAGAUACUGGACGCGGUAUUUCGGAAGAAUUCCUUCGUGGGAAGCUAUAUACCCCAUUCGCCCAGGAAGAUUCGCUCGCUGUGGGAACUGGCUUGGGAUUGUCAAUCGUGAAGAGCCUAGUGAAAGCUCUCAAUGGCCACAUUCGCGUCCGCUCCCGCCCUGGGGAAGGUACAGUAGUGCGUGUCUCUCUUCCACUUGCGCGAGCGGUCGGCGAGGAAAGCCCGCCUGUUCAUGAAAGCUCCCAUAACCCGCAACAAAUAGAAGCUCUGACGAAAACCCUUCUCCUCCGCGAAGGGUUCCCUGGUAAACGUGCUGCUAUUUGGGGUGUGGACGUGGAGCGUCUCGCAGAGGACCAGACAUGGGCUGAGAUUGCGAAAUAUCUCACCGAAUGGUUCGGGGUGGAACUCGUUGCUUGGCCGUCACCGCUUCCAUUGGAUAUGUUGGUCAUAGAGGAAUCAGUGUUGCCCGAGUUGCGCAAAACGCCACUGACUGCAACACUGCCAUCACUGCUCAUCCUCUGCCACCAGCCAGUGGAUUAUUCUCAGGAGCAGACUCAGUGGCUCGCACUUGCAACCUCGGUGGAAAUUAUUCGACGCCCCUGUGGACCUCACAAACUGGCCCGCAGCGUUCUGAAAUGCUUCCAGAACUCUCGCUCCUCGGUGGUGACGCCCGCGACCGUGAUUAGCAAUCCCAUGGAUUCUAUCGACCUUGUCUACCGGACACCCCCGAUCACCUCCGCCCUACAAUCUGCUGUCACGUCUCCGGUUUCCGUUUCAAACACUGCGCCUUUUGAUGAGCCUUUAUCAGCAGUCGCCGCCGGGUCGGGUCUUAAGUCUCUAGGAGAGUCUUCUCCCAACGACCCGUCAAUGGUAUCCGAAUUCCCAGAGGCCAUCGCAGCGGCCCCUCUCCCAAUGCCAUCGGUAGGUGGUAGCUCUGCCUCUUCACAACUGGCACGUGUCCUCGUUGUCGACGAUAAUCGAAUCAAUCUCAAUCUGAUGAUGACCUUCAUGAAGAAGCGGAAUCUCACUGAUCUUGUGUCCGCGGAUAAUGGCAAGCUUGCUGUCGAGGCGGCCGAGCGAAUGCAAAUGGGCUUCGACAUCAUUUUCAUGGAUAUAUCAAUGCCCGUGAUGAACGGAUUCGAAGCAACACGCGCCAUCCGGGCCAUGGAGAAAGAAAAUGAUAACCGCAGGCCGGCUGUCAUUAUCGCUCUGACUGGGCUGAGUAGUCUACGGGAUGAAUCCGAGGCUCUCUCCUCUGGCGUGGAUAUGUUCCUCACCAAACCAGUUUCCUUCCGAGAAGUAUCGCGUAUUUUGGCAGAGUGGGAGGCGAAUGGACUGGAGAAGGAACGAAAAAUUGCAUGCAAAUUCGAUUGA